AUGGAUUCCGCUAUCAAGAUGAAGGAGCUAUCGUUGUUCACCGCGAUUCCAUUUGGAAACCGGAGCUUUGAAAUAUACGAAGCCUUUGUCAUCAAAGUCGACAUCGUUGGCGAACUUGAUCUUCUGGCCAUUUACUUCGUUGGCCAGGACCUGUGCCUGGCCUCCCUCCGAACCAACGACCAUCAAACCCAUGCCCAGUGGACGUCCACAUAUGUGUUCCUGCUUGAAGUACACGAUCGGGGGAUUCCGGGGAUCGCACUCUCUGGUCCUGUUUCAAUCCAUCAUCAGAGACGUCGUUGCAAACUCCCUCCAGCCAACUUCGGAGCCUUGCCACAGAAGCACACGUCCGUCACUCACGCCAGUGUAUGGGCCUCGUCCUUUGGAAUCAAAGGCAAUGCUCUCGGGUCCCAGGAACUCAUUCUCGAACCGCAGCAUAGCUCCCAGCAGCCGGUUGCUCGGAUCCUUGAGCAUGGUGGCGGCAUUUUGGACUGGCGGCUCCACAUACUUUGCCUGAAAGCUGGGGAUCUGCCUCACGAAGCUGAGACGCAGCGGGUCCAUUGCGACGAUCACGACGAGCAAGCCGCACAAAGCCCGGCAUGUUACGAGCGUGUUUUUCUGGAGCUUCUCAACAGCCAUCUACUGUCAGCUUACACACGCAGACCUCGGCUGCAAGAAGACAGCCGGCAUCUUUUCAUGCGAAAAGAUGGUGGGCAAUUUUCCAAUCACACGGUACUUGUUUUAUGGCCCCAACCAAGAUCCCGCGAGAGCUCUGGUGGACCUACUAUACAAAAUCUCUUCUCUUCUGUUUUCUCCAGGGACACGAUUUUGACCAGUAGGCGGAGUCUCGUUGCCGAUCUCGAGACAACGUGAAGGUAGAGUAGAGCACUUACAAGAAUUACUUACAAUUUAAGAGUCCAGAACAUUAAAAAAUAAAACAACAUAUCGUGCAGUGA